GGAGGAAUGAUAAUAAGACUCAUACCCUUUCGUUUUCGGCGUAUUAUUAAAUUCCUCCUCCUCUCUGCAACCCCACAGGAGUACGCCGAUUCUCCAUCUUCUCUGGUGCUCGCUCUCUCUGGGCUCUUGUUGUCCUGAUUCGCAGAAGCUCCAAUAUCUCCGUUAAUGGCGAAUGCCUCAGUUUUUGCUUUUUUUGGUGUUUUUUGUUGCUCAUUGCUACAACCCAUCUCGUGUUUUUUUGUUUAUUUCAGGACACGCGCAGUCACAACCCGCAGUGAUUUUAUUGCCGUCUCCGAUCAAGACACGACGAUGGUAGUUCUGCGCUUCUCCGGCUUCAGUCUCAUCGCAGCGAUAUUCGUGAGUCCGGUAGCGAGAAUGGAGAACGAUGACGUCACGGGUCCGCCAUGGCUGGUGCCGAUGCUCCGAGCUAAGUACUUCGUCCCUUGCUCUGUUCACCCCGAUUCGAGCAGGAGCGAGUGCAAUUUGUUCUGCUUGGAUUGUAUGGGAAAUGCCUUCUGCUCCUACUGUUCGAUUCACCACCAAGAUCAUCAUCUCUUACAGAUUCGAAGAUCUUCUUACCACAACGUGGUCCGAGUGAACGAGAUCCAGAAAUACAUUGACAUUUCCUGUGUUCAGACCUACGUUAUCAACAGCGCGAAGAUCUUGUUCUUGAACGAGAGACCCCAGCUUCGUCCCGGGAAAGGCGUCACGACCACCUGCGAAAUCUGCAGCCGCAGCCUCCUCGACUCCUUCCGCUUCUGUUCUCUCGGUUGCAAGCUCGGAGGAAUCAAACAAGGAGACCCAAAUCUCACAUUUGCUAUAAAAGGAAAGGGUGGCGGAGAUAUGUUCUGUCUUGGGACAGAUUCCGAUGAAUCAGAGGCUCCUGCCAAGAUUCCGAAGACGGUGAUUCUCGACGGAAUCUCGGUUAGAGUGGAUCAUGAUCAACGGUCCAUAAGCUCCGGCGACGAGAUGUUCACUAAAGUUGUAUCUCCGGGGACUCCUCCGAUAUACAACCGCCGGAAUUCUCCUCGCCGGCGGCAAAGAAAGGGUAUACCUCAACGAGCUCCCUUCUAAAAUGGGUUGUAAAAAAAAAAGAAAUAAAUAUUGUAUAUAUUUGGGGAGUUUUAAGUAUAAUAGGAAAAGGUGGGAAUUUGGAGAUAAAAGGGAUAAAAUAAGAAUAAUGUUUCAUGCAAAUAUUAGAAACAUAUAUAACAGUAAGUGUUGUAUUCGUAUAGUUUUGGGCAUAAGAUAAAGCAGUCUACAAUA